GUUUCCUGGUUCCGCAGAUUUAAAGUGUUUCACAUAAUGCACAUAUCCAAAGGCAUAUAUAGAUUAAAGUUAUUAUAUCCAUUUAUUUUUAAUUGACAAAAAUCCGUUCCAUUCUUUAAUGUAAGACUAUUUACCAACGUUUCAAUGAAUCCACUAUGACACAGGAAUCCAGAACUCCAGCGUGUCCACCCGAAUUUCAAUGGAAUUCAACUUUAAACAAAUGUGUUGGUUGGUACUGUUAUCACAUACACGUAAUUUUUGACUGUGUACCCGGUUACUACGGACUGCAAUGCUCUAAGUCCUGCGUAGCACCCUUCUACGGUGUAGGUUGUCAAAAACUUUGCUCAGGGUGUCCUAUAAGUCUUUGUGAUGUGUCCUAUGGUUGUCCACGUAUUACAGAGGCCCGGAUCUCGACUACAGGUUUGUUGUAUAUCACUACAACAAUAGAAAACAUAAAAUCUUCCCUUGUGGGUGAAACGACCGUUACCAAGACCGAAUCUUCAUCCAUUGCUAGCAAAAGUAGUACAACGGUUAACAGAAAGCCAACAAGUUCUAUUAAAGAAAGUAGAGCGACACUAAACAGCUUAUUAGGCUCAACUACACCACCCCCAUCAUUUUUAAACUCAUACUACCCAGUUCUUUUGGGUAUUUUAGGGGUCUGUGUUCUGUUUCUGGUGAUUUUUACAAUUUACGUAAGCAUACAUAUUCAUGAGAAAUGUUCACAGAGAAGACGAUCGUCAAAAACGAUCAGUAAUAUUUCAAUUAAGGAGGACAAUAACACUUACCAGGAAAUACACGAUUUUGAUACGGUAGGAAACUUGAUAAGAUAUGAUCCGUUUAUAGAAAGAACCACCCUGUCGGUGGAACAAUCAAAGCAAUUUACCACUAGAAGAGAUUACGUAGAUGCACCCAUUCCUGUUAAAGAGAAUACAUAUGGGCAUGAACCAAGUGACCACGACUAUAUAGACGUAAUACACGAAGAAGAUGUUAAGCAUACAUAUACUCACCCAGUAAAGAUCACUGGAAGUAUAAAUGAAGAACAUAACUCGAACAAUAGUCCGCCUCAGGAUAAAGACGGUUACAUGCUGGCAAACAUUGUCAGUUCCAAUUCAUUAGUCAGUUCAAUUUCUGAGGAUAAGCUUGGAACUGUCUCUACCGCUUGUGUCAACGACAACACAUCACGUGAUAGUGAAAAUACUAGCGAUGGUUCAACAAAAGACUAUUUGACUGUUGUAUCAAGCUAAUAAAACAGACUAAGAAAGAAG